AAGAAAUAAAAGAGACAACCUUCAACAUCCUCAGAUUCAUCAUCUCCAACAUUCAGUAGAGCUCUAAUUCGCCAAAUUCUUUGAAAGAUUGCCGUUAAUGUUUCCCCCAUGGCAUUAAAUUGAAUACCCAUUUGAAAUUCUAUUGUUUUUGUUUAUGUUGAAAAUAUUUUAGAAUUUUUUCCCCCUGAGAAAUCCCACAUAUGGCUUCGACGACGCAGUUCCUCUCGUCACAAAAUAUCGUAUCACGGGACGGUUCCUCUUGUGGAUCCGUGCGCGGCCAGAGGCUUCGGGAAGCAUCUCGGUUCCUGCGCCGAGCCAGCAGCCGAAGACUGAUGCGUGAGCCUUCCAUGUUGGUUAGAGAAACCGCUGCCGAGCAGCUCGAGGAGCGGCAUAGCGAUUGGGCGUAUUCGAAGCCUGCGGUGGUCCUCGAUGUUAUCUGGAAUUUCACGUUCGCAGCUGCGGCGGUUGGGGUUUUGGUUUUGAGCUGGAAGGAGAGACCGAUCAUGCCGCUGAGACUGUGGAUAAUUGGGUAUGCAUUGCAGUGUUUAUUGCAUAUGGUCUGCGUUUGUGUUGAGUAUAGGCGGCGGAGGCGGAAACGGAGCGUGGAGUACAGCCCAUUUAAUGCAGGAGAUGAAGGGGCUUUGAGCCCACGGUUGAGGGUAGAUUCGGAGCACUACGUAACUUUGGCUCAUCUGGAAGAGGAUAGUGGAAGCAGUGUUGCAAAGCUCCUGGAAUCUGCAAAUAAUAUGUUUUCAUUCAUCUGGUGGAUCAUCGGAUUCUACGGGGUAUCUGUAGGUGGCGAAACAAUGGUUCGUAGCUCCCCCCAGCUUUAUUGGCUUUGUGUAGUGUUUCUUGGUUUUGAUGUGUUCUUCAUUGUAUUCUGUGUUGCAUUGGCAUGCAUCAUAGGCAUUGCUGUUUGCUGCUGUCUUCCAUGUAUUAUUGCAAUCCUGUAUGCUGUGGCAGAUCAGGAAGGAGCUUCGAAGGAGGACAUUGAUCAGUUGCCAAUAUACAAAUUUCGAAAAAUUGGCAAGGGUGAGAAAUUUGCCGGUGAUGUCGAAGGACCUGUUGGAGGUGUAAUUACUGAAUGUGGUAUUGAUUCCCCCAUGGAACGAGUGCUUUCCGAGGAUGAUGCAGAAUGUUGCAUCUGCCUUUCUGCUUACGACGACGACGUUGAGUUAAGGGAACUUCCUUGUGGUCACCAUUUUCACUGUGCCUGUGUAGAUAAGUGGCUGCAUAUCAAUGCUACAUGUCCUCUCUGCAAGUAUAACAUUUUAAAGAGUAUUACCCAUGAGGUAGUGUAGGCGAAACGGACAUAUCUGUGAUCUCUGCGUAUGAUUUUAGCUCGAGAGCAUUACAAUGCACGGCAAGCCUGAUAGACUCGACACAGGCUAUCCUAUCCUUGUUCUGGUGGUGAUACAGAUAGUUGUAGAUGUUGUCACAACUGUUCCAUCAGAAACCAUGAACUCAGUGACGUGCUUGUUUUAGCCCUGGCCUUCAUGGAGAUGUAUAUGAAUGUUUUCCCGGAAUAUGUAAGUGUUGAGUCCAAGAAUUCGUUUGGUUCUAUUCUUUCUUUUUAUUGUUCGAGUCGAGUUAACUUGGUUUAA